AUGGCAUCAACAUCUACACGUGCACCCGCUGUAUCCCGCUUGGGACCCACAACAAGUGGGACGUCCAACUCUACCUUAUCAGGUAAUAGCGGUCCAUCAGCUUUACCUACGUUUGAUACGAGACAAUGGGAAGACGAACUUAGCAAAGUCGAUAUAUCAAAGCACGAUCUAAACUCCCUCAUAUUCGAUUAUCUACUUAUCGAAGGAUACCCCGACGCAGCGGUAGAAUUCGCCAGGGAAACUGGUCUACCCGCUGAUGUAGAUCACGAGAAAGUACAGGAACGGAUGGAGAUUCGUCAGGCGGUCGAAGAUGGCAGAGUGGAAGAAGCUGUAAGGAGGGUGAACGAGUUGGAUCCAGAGAUACUCGAUACCAACCCACCUCUACUAUUCCAUCUCCAUCUCUUACGUAUGAUCGAAUUGAUCCGUUCAGAAGAGAUUGACAAAGCUCUCGCAUUCGCUACUGAGGAACUAGCACCUCGAGGGGCGGAAAAUCCUGAAUUCCGUCUUGAGCUGGAAAGGACAAUGGGUUUGCUGGCUUUCCCCGACUUGGUCAGAUUCGCGGAUGAUGCGGGUACGAGUAUCAACGUGGAUGGUAGUGAAGAUAUCAAAUCCAUCCCAUUAGAAACUCUUCAGCUAUUCUCCGACCCAUCUUUCACCCCUCUCAUCGCAUUGAUGAAGAAAUCAUACCGAGUCGAAAUAUCCAAAGAAUUGAAUUCCGCUAUAUUAGAGAAUCAAGGUCAUGGCAGAGAAACGAAAUUGAAUGGAUUGAUAAGACUGAUGGCAUUUGGUGAGAAUAAGUUGGUGGAUGCUGGUCUGGGUCUACCUGUUCAGGAGAAAGAGAAAGGUAGGAAUUGGGCUAAGAAGAUAUUGAAUUUGAACGAUGUAGACAGUCAGUAA